UAGUCAAUGGCGGCGCCCAGCAGUGAGCUGCAUCUGUCGUGAUGGCCAAGGAAAAUCAGGCGUCGCUCAAGAAUACGAAGUUCAAGAGCAAGCCCAAGAGACCAAAUAGAGACAAGGAGCCUUCCGCGUCCUCGUCCGCUAAUGAAAACAAGGCUCCAUCCGGCGGAGCUGACUCCGGCUUGUCCGCGGCGACGGCGGCCUCCAAGCCUUCGGCUUCGUCAUCGGGAGCUUCAUCUAGCGCCGCUGGGUCGUCCGCCCCGUCGUCGUCGUCGUCGUCUUCUCCGCAGAAUUCCUGGGUGCUCGAAGAGAUACGAGGCAUGAUGCACGGCUUUGGCGACAGCCGCGAACCGCUUCUCGAGUCGGUUAAACUGGUGGAAGACAUCGUGGCGCAGCAGAUCAAGUGUGUGUUUCAUCGGGCGGCGGAGGUGGCCACUCUUCGCGGCUCCAAAUCCGUGGCCAUCGAGGACAUCCUUUUCCUCAUGCGGAAGAACAAGGUCAAGCUGAGCCGCUUAGUUCGCUACCUGGAGCUGAAGUCCAUGCAGGGCUACAUUUACUCCAAGCUUCCUACGGAUGACGAAGAGGCUACGACGGCGGCACUCGCUUCGGCGGAGUCAGCUGUGGCAGAUGUAAAAUUGGAAGGCGCACCUCAGUUCAAGCGGACAAAGAUUUGCCGGGACUUCAUUUCAUUUAUUGAUCAAACAGGAGAGCUGGCAGAUGUGUUCAGCGAGUCUAUAUUUGAUGAAGUCAAGCACGAAAGAGAAAUGAGAUUAGAGGCACACACAAGAACCAUGGAUCAAACCCAAUAUAUGGAGUACAGCAAUGCCAGAGCAUCAUCUUUUUGCAGAAAAAACAAGACAGCACGGUUUCGAGAAUGGCUAAUGAAGGACAUUGAGAGUGAUGUGAAAUUAUCUCCAACUGUCUUGGACAUCUUCAGUUACUUGGCCUACGAAACUGUGGCUCAGAUUGUAGAUUUGGCCCUGCUGAUAAAGAAGGAAUCUAAGCAUGACCCAAGCGACCCUCUGUCUUGGUCAAUGCCCCCUUUGGUUGGAAACCCGGGGUUCCCCUCUACCCAGCUUUUUAGCUUCCAGGACAAGCCAUGGCUACAGAGCGGCGAUGGCACAUCGUCAAAGAGUGGUGAAUGUUCCAAAAAAGCCUUGCUUCCCUCUGAAUGUAUCACACCAGAAGAGAUCAGAGAAGCCAUGAAUAGAUAUAUGACUCGACGAGGGCCCAUGGCCUCUUUUGCAAAAUCCCAAAUUCAAGGUUCUUGCAAGCAUCUUCUCUGUUGCUAAGUUCAAUCUCAGGGUAGAAACAAUGUUGCCUGCAUUUCAAGAAUGCUGCUCAAGCUGUCGCCCCUUCUGCUCCUCACAGGGGUGUCGGACAUGCGGCGAGCCUUGGUGACAUUUGGCCCAAGCGGAGGCAUGCGCUCUGUUGGGCUGCUUUCGCUUGACAAGGACUCAUUGAGAAGGAGAUCAUUCAUGGCAUUAAACCUGAGCCUAAGUCGGCUCUGCUGCGAGUCCAUUGAAAGUCGGCGAGCUGCCCGCGGUCUCUUGGUGGUGUUCUUGACAAAUGUGCCACUGAGGUCAAUGUCUCUGAGACGAGACAGCAGCCGUUCCUUUUUUUCUUGGUCCAUGCCCUGCAAAGUAAUUCAGGCAUUUUUUUUUGUCCAUUUUAUCUGCAGUAAACGAUGCAGGUAUUUUGAAAAGCUGCCUGCUGUACUUGCAUUUUUUUAGCAUCAAUUAGGUGUGGAGAUUUCUUUAUAUUUAUAUACUGAAUGAUUAAACGUUGAAGUAAUUGAUCG